UCAUGUAGAAAGCAGAAUAAGUUGAAGAUAAUCAACUACUUACAAAUAAAUCGACAGCAAAACCUAAUUAACAAAUUGAAUCUCUUGCCACUUAGAAGAUGGUUCCUUACAAAGAGCUUUUUAGAUAUGCCACUCAGUCAGACAAAUUUUUAAUUUUGAUUGGCAUAAUAGCAUCAGCAGGGAAUGGAGUAACUAUGCCUAUGUUCUCUGUGAUAUUUGGUGAUAUGACUGAUGCAUUUUCAGGAGAGGAUCCUGAUAAAAUGGUUAGUGCAGCUGGAGAAUGUGCUAUGUAUACAUAGAGAAUUAAUAUAAUUUAGAUGGUUCAUAGUUUUAGCUGGAUGUUCUUGGUUGCUUUCAUUUUUAAGUUUCGCAACAUUCAUGAUAUCUGGAGAAAGACAAUCUAUUAUAAUGAGAAAAGAAUAUUUUGCUGCAAUCCUAAAAUAGGAGGUUGGUUGGUUUGAUUCAAUAAAUCCAAAUGAACUUAACACUAAAGUAGCUGAUGAAACAUUUGCAGUAGAGGGUGCCAUUUAAGAAAAGGCUGGAACCUUUAUAAUGACUUUUGCCACAUUUAUAUGUGGAUUUAUAAUUGGAUAUUCAUAGUAUAAAAAUAUUACUAUUAUUAGUGGUUGGUAACUGGCUUUAGUGAUUACAGCAGCAAUGCCAUGUUUAGCCAUUUCAGUAGUUAUAAUGACAGUAGUAGUGAUGAAAUCUGUUAAAGCAACUUAGGAAUGUUACUCUACAGCUGCUGCUGAAUCUGAAUAAGCUUUGAAUGCUAUAAAAACAGUUAAAAUGUUAGAUGGAGAAGAUUUUGAAUGUGAAAAAUAUUCAAGACAAUUAGUUGUGGCAGCCAGAACUAAUGUAAAAUAUAGUCUAUUCUCUGGAAUGGCUUUAGGAUCUAUAUUUGCAUUUAUGAUAUGGACUUAUGCAUUAGGUUUUUAUUAUGGAUCAAAAUUAAUUUCUGAUUAAGAAAUGAACUCUAAUACUGGAAUGAUUUAUACUGUUGGAGAUGUUAUGACUGUUUUCUUUGCUAUUUUGAUGGGUAGCUUUUCAAUAGGAUAAGCUGGUCCAUGUUAUUAGGCAUUUGCAAAAGGAAAAGUAGCUGGAGCAUAAAUCUUUUUUAUUAUAGAUCGUAUUCCAAAGAUAUUAAAUCCAAUUAAUCCAAAACCAUUAAAAAAUUUUAAUGGUGAAAUUAUUAUUGAAGAUGUAGAUUUCUUUUAUCCAGCUAGACCAGAUACAUAAAUUUUAAAUAAAUGUUCUUUAAAAAUACCUAAAGGUAAGAAAGUAGCUUUAGUUGGAGAGAGUGGUUGUGGAAAGUCCACAAUUUUAUAAUUAAUAGAAAGAUUUUAUGAUGUAAAUGAAGGAAGAGUUUUAGUAGGUGAAGAUAAGUUAGAUGUGAGAGAUUUAAAUUUAAAAGAUUACAGAACUUAAAUUGGUUUAGUUGGAUAAGAACCUAUGUUAUUUGCAACUAGUAUUAGAGAUAAUCUAUUAUAUGGUAAAACAGAUGCUACUGAAGAAGAAUUAAUAGAUGCAUUAAAAAAAGUGAAUGCUUGGGAUUUUGUUAGUAAAAUGGAUAAAGGAUUAGAUACUUAUGUAGGAAUGGGUGGAAGUUAAUUAAGUGGUGGUUAAAAAUAAAGAAUUGCCAUAGCCAGAGCAAUUCUUAAAAAACCUAAAGUUUUAUUAUUAGAUGAAGCAACUAGUGCAUUAGAUAGAACAAAUGAAAAGUUGAUCUAAGAGACUCUUGAUGAAGUAUCACAAGGUAUUACUACUAUAGUUAUUGCUCACAGAUUGAGUACAAUCUAAAAUGCUGAUAUUAUUUAUGUAUUUGCAGGUGGAAAAGUAGUUGAAACAGGUACUCAUGAAGAACUUAUGAAUUUACAUGGAAAAUAUGAAUAAUUAGCAAAAAAUUAAAUUACAUCUCAUUAAAAAGAAGAGUAGUAAUAAGGAAAUAAUUAAUAGAAAAAUUAAUAAUAAAAAGAUUUACUUAAUCAAUAGGAUGUAGAUGUAGGAUCUGUUUUGUCUGUUAAUUAAUUUGAUAAAGAAUAACCAAAUGUUGUUGAAAAAGCAAUAAAGGAAAUAUAAGAUAUUAAACAUUUGAACAUAUAAUUUAAAAACAAAGAUCAAAAUAACUUUUAGGAAAUGAAAACUUAAACUACUUAAAAUGAUUCUAAUGAUGCUUAAAUUAUGACAAGAUUGUUUAGUUAUGGAAAAGAAGAAAGAUGCAUUUUGAUAUUAGGAUUAUUAUCAGCUCUUAUUAAUGGUUGCAUAUUCCCAUGUUUUUCUUUAUUUUUCUCUGAUAUGAUUACAUUACUUGCAGAAAGUGAUCCUAAUCUAUACCCUAAUAAUUAAAUUAGAGAUAUACAGAUGGAAAAAGUAAAGGAUGAAUCAGCAGAUAUAGCAUUAUGGUUUUUCUUAUUUGGUUUAGGAUUUUUAGUAUUUUAAUCUUUAGAGAAUUUCUUUUUAUCUAUUGUUGCAGAAAACUUAACCAUGAAAUUAAGAAAUUUCACUUUUAGGAAAUUACUUAGAAUGCCUAUAGCUUUCUUUGAUAAACCUGAAAAUAAUGCUGGAACAUUAACUGCUAGAUUAAGUGUAGAUUGUAAAACAGUUUAGAGUUUGACUUCUACUAUUAUUGGAUUUAAAAUUUAAAAUGCUUCUGCACUUAUUUGUGGUAUGGCAAUAGCAUUUUCUUCAAGUUGGGCUUUAACUUUGAUAGUUUUAGCUACUGCACCAUUUAGAUUUAUUGGUAUGAAAUUAAGAACUAAAUAUAUGGGAGCUUUAAGUGGUUCUAAUAAAGGAGAUGGUUUUAAAGAUGCUGGAAAUUUAAUUAUGGAGGCAGUAACAAAUAUUAGAACAGUAUAUUCUUUUGGAAAUGAAAAUAUCAUUUUAGAUGUAUUUAUACAAUAUUAUAAAAAUAGGAUUACACAAAGAGAAUUUAAGAACCUUUAGAACAUUGUACAUCAAAGGGUCUUUAAGCAGGUAGUGCAUUUGGAUUUUCAUAAAUGCAACCAAUGCUCAUCAAUGCACUUGUCUUUUAUUGUGGAGCUUUAUUAGUAAAAUAUUAAGGCUUAGAUGUAAAUGAUAUGUUUAGAGCAAUUUUUGGGAUUACAUUUGCUACAAUGGGUGGUGCUAGAGACUCACAUUUUGUAGGAGAUGUGGAUAAAGGAAGAAUUGCAGCUAAAAAUAUUUUUGAGAUUUUGGAUUCUGUUGAUGAAUUUUAAAUAGAAGAAUGUAAUUAUUAAUAUAUUAUUUAAUUAGAAAAAUAAUUUAAGAGAUUAAAAACCUAAAUUAAAGGACAUAUAGAAUGUAAAAAUUUGACAUUCAAAUAUCCAACAAGAGAAAAGAAUGUAUUUUCAAAUUUAAGUUUAACAAUACCUUCUGGAUAAAAGGUUGCUUUUGUUGGAUCAAGUGGUUGUGGUAAAUCAACUAUUAUGUAAAUGCUUAUGAGAUUCUAUGAUCCAGAUUAAGGAGAAAUAUUGGUUGAUGGAUUGGAUAUUAGAGAUUAUGACAUAAGACAUUUAAGAAAAUAAUUAGCUAUUGUAUCAUAAGAACCAGUUUUAUUUAAUGGAACUAUUAAAGAAAAUAUACAAUAUAAUUUGAAAGAUAUUAGUAUGGAAUAAAUAGAAUAAGCUGCAAAAAAGGCUAAUGCUUAUGACUUUAUUGUUAAUGAUUAAUUCGAAAAUGCUUCUGAUGAAAAAUAAUAAGAUUUUGGAAAAGGAUUUCAUAAAAGAGUAGGACCAAAAGGAUCAUAAAUAUCAGGAGGAUAAAAAUAAAGAAUAGCUAUAGCUAGAGCAGUACUUAGGAAUGCAAAUAUACUUUUAUUAGAUGAAGCAACAAGUGCAUUAGAUGCUAAAUCUGAAGAGAUUGUAUAAGAAAGUCUUAAUAACAUAAUGAAAGAAAAUACUACUUUAUCAAUAGCUCAUAGAAUAUCAACAAUAAAAGUAAAAAUAUUAUAUAAUAUAAUUAGGAUUCUGAUAUCAUUUAUGUGUUUGACAAUGGUAUGAUUGUAGAAUAAGGUAAUUACAAUUAUUUGGUUGGACUCAAAUAAUUCUUUUACAGAAUGGAAAAAGGAAUAGCAAUAACUUCUACCAAUAAUUCUUGA